AUGGGCGUCUUGGACUGGAUUGGCCUUGGUGCUGAGAGCGACCUCGCGCGCGCGUCCUUUGCCGGCGACAAGAGCUACGUCAAGCGGCUCCUCGACCACGGCGUGAGCCCCAACAGCGUCCGCCAGGGCUGCAACGCACUCUACUUGGCAAUUUUAACCGAGAACACCGCCAUGGUGACGCUGCUGCUUGACGCUGGCGCUGACGCCAACGCCCGCACCUGGUUUGGCCGACCACCGCUCGUCGCCGCCGUUCGCAACUGCCACGCUGCGAUCGUAGAGCUUCUCCUCGACGCUGGUGCAGCUCCCGAUGCUUGCGACAAGGCGCGGGUGCCGCCGCUGGUUCUGGCAACCGCCGCGGGGGAUGCUGCCAUCGUCGAGCUCCUUCUGUGCGCUGGCGCCAACGUCGCCCAUACGCCGCCGAAAGGACAGUCUGCGCUGUACGUGGCUGCCGAGCGAGGAUACGACGAUAUCGUUGCGCUUCUCCUGCCUCGCGUUCAAGCGACGACGCAGUCGUUGAAGGACGCCAUGGUCAUUGCGGCCACCAACGGACGCGCCGCCGUCAUCGAGUGCUUCCUGGCGACGCAUGCGCUUUCGACGCAGGACGAUGCGGAAGCCUUGUUGGCCGCCGCCGCCACCGGCCAUGAAACGAUCGUGCGCCGCUUGCUCUCGUUUGGCGUCCCUAUCGACUCGACCGACGCGAAAGGGAAGACCGCGCUGCUCUUGGCCGCCGAGUAUGGGCGCCUCUCAGUUCUGGCCUUCUUAUUGGACGCCGGCGCCAGCGUCAACCAGCUCGACAAGUUUGGCGAGUCGUCGCUCUUUGUCGCUGCCCGGGGGGGUCAUGUCCCAGUCGUCACACGCCUGCUAUCGGCCAAGCCGGACCUCAACAAGCACAACAAGAACGGCGUGUCGGCGCUCGUGGUGGCCAUCGCCAAGGGCCACGGCGAGAUUGUGCGACAGCUGCUUCUCGCCGGCGCCUCUCUCUCGCCUUCGCGCCUCUUUGAUCCGUUCACGGUUGCGCGCAACCACGGGCACGACGACAUUCUCCAAAUGCUUUCCGAGGCGACGGCCAUGGUCCUCCUUCUAGUCUCUUGCAUCGGAGAGGUUUCAUCGCACGCGCAGGCCAACGAGCUGCCGCGGCUCCAGAUCCUUGGCCGCGGCCACCAAGGCUUUGUCUACCGCAGCACCUUUCGCGGCGACCCCGUCGCGGUCAAGUCGGUUUUUGUGCAUCACGGCGAGUCGACCUCGUCCUUGGCCGCGGCUGUCGCUGCCUUGACCAAACUCGACUGCGUCAACCUCGUGCGGUUGCGCCACCUCCAGCUGCCGCCACUGGAGCCACCGCUGCUCGUGAUGGAGUACGUCGACGGCGGCCAUCUGCGCCACUACCUCGACACGCACAAGAGCGCGACGUUUGCGAGCUUGCUGCCGAUUGCAACGUCGAUGGCCCACGGACUGCGAUACCUCCAUGAACGGGACAUCGUGCACGGCGCCUUGAAGAGCACCAACGUCUUGCUGACGUCUCUGUGCGUCGCCAAGCUCGCGGGCUACGGUCUCCCGCAGCAGCUGCACGUGACCAACCCGGUCGAGAACACGCUGUGCUGGACGUCACCGGAGGUCCUCUUGGGCCACGAGGCGUCGCCGCCCGCUGACGUCUACGCCCUCGGCAUCGUCCUCGUCGAGCUCGAGACGCGCGCGGCACCGUACGCGACGCUGACGAUGGACCUCUGGGAGGUCAUGGUCGCGAUCAAGAACGGCUGGCUGCGCCCUGAGCUGAGCCCGCGCUGCGACCCGUGGUUCCGAGAACUCGUCGAGGCCUGCUUGCAACAAGACCCGUCGGCGCGCCCGUCGAUCCAGAACAUUUGCGCGAUCCUCGAGGCGCAGCAGACGUAG